AUGGCAGGCAGUAAGUUGGUGCUGGAAGGGAGGAUCAGUGUUAAAAGCUUUCUCUCAGGACUCGCUGUGAUUAUUAUACCUCUUAUUGUUAAAUUCGGCUCGCAUAAAGACUGGGUAUUCGAUUAUCUUACCGGGGUCAACGGAAAAAUAGCCAUUGCGGUGUAUAUUACAGUUAUCAACGGAUUUCUGCUGGUCAUAUAUAAGGGACCUCUGUAUCAGGUUGCUGUGAGAGCUUGCUUUUUAGGAUUUACCUUCGGAUGUGGCUUGAUCAUAAGUUUUGCCGAUUCAACAUGGACACACUUUGGCUGGUACAUGUGUUCACUGUCAUUCUUCCACUACUCCGAGUAUCUUGUCACUGCCAUCAUCAACCCUCGCAGUCUGUCUCUAGACUCUUUUCUGCUCAACCACAGUGUUGAAUACACAGUAGCAGCCAUCUCCUCCUGGAUGGAGUUCAUUGUGGAAAAGCUGCUCGUUCCAGAACUAAAGCAUCUGAACUGGAUCUGUGUCGUGGGGUUAUUGGUGGUAUUUUGUGGCGACGGUUUGCGCAAGUCCGCCAUGCUGACAGCAGGAUCCAACUUUAACCAUAUAGUGCAGAAUGAGAAAGCACAUACCCACGUGCUGGUCACCAGUGGCGUGUACUCGUUCUUUAGACACCCCUCCUAUGUGGGCUGGUUCUACUGGAGUGUCGGUACUCAGAUACUGCUGUGCAACCCAUUAUGCCUUUUGGCUUACACACUGGCCAGUUGGCGGUUCUUUCGGGAGCGAGUCGAGGAAGAGGAGAUCUUCCUGAUCCAUUUCUUCGGAGAGGAUUACAUCGAGUACAAGAAGAAAGUGCCCACCGGUUUGCCCUUCAUCUCAGGUAUUAGGGUAAACUCGUAAGACUGGGACAGAUGAACUGAAGGGGGAAACUUGGAAAUGUCUAGAAGUGCACUCCUGUACACCUCAGACUGGCACUGUGAGCGAGCUGGGUACCUGGUUACCUCAUGGCUUGCAUUAACGCCAAGGCAAGUGUGGACACAGGCAAGAAACUGACCUGCUGAUCUGCUCUGAGACACACGGGUUGCGCUUUGAGCGGGGUGGAUACUCUACCUCUACACAGAAAACGUACACACUGCUACCCCCGUGACUCCCAUACAUACUUCCUACAUUGUCCCUUCAUUUACACACAUUUGCUUCAUCAUCAUUACAUAUUUUUACAUUCACAUGUUCUUACUAGUCUUGUUCCAGUUCGUGAUAUGUCUGUUUAACAUAUCCAUCCAUUUAUUGGUUAUUUUAUAUAAAUUCCACAAUCAUUUAUGUGUCAUGAUUCUGUUUUUGUUUUACCUGUAUUAGAACAUGGUUUCGACUUUAAGGGAAUCUGAACUAGUGAGAUUGUUCAGUGUUAGCGUUUAAGGUGUACUGUAAAGUAUUUAAAAUUUGCCAACGUGUACCAAAAAUUCACCGAACGGUUAGAAAGAGUUGGGCCUUCCCAAAAGUGUAUUAAAUAGGGGUUUUAUUAAUGAAUGUUCUAAAGUGUCUGUACAAAUUAUCAAAAUGUACACUGAUCAGCCAUAACAUUAAAACGACCUCCUGGUUUCUACACUCACUGUCCAUUUUAUCCAUUUUAUCAGCUCCACCGUAUAGAAGCACUUUGUAGUUCUACAAUUACUGACUGUAGUCCAUCCGUUUCUCUGCAUGCUUUGUUAGCCCCCUUUCACCAUGUUCUUCAAUGGUCAGGAUUCUCCCAGGACCCCCACAGAGCAGGUAUUAUUUAGGUGGUGGAUCAUUCUCAGCACUGCAGUGACACUGACAUGGUGGUGGUGUGUUAGUGUGUGUUGUGGAGUUUUUUUAAAUACCAUGUCCACUCACUGUCCAUCUAUUAGACAUGCCUACCUAGUUGGUCCACCUUGUAGAUUUAAAGUCAGAGAUGAUCGCUCAUCUAUUGCUGCUGUUUGAGUUGGUCAUCUUCUAGACCUUCAUCAGUGGUCACAGGACGCUGCCUACGGGUCUGAUCCACUCAUACCAGCACAACACACACUAACACACC